AUGAUCUUCCCGCAAAAUCAUCUUUAUCCAAUUCCGAUUUUUGCGUUAGUCCUACUAGUCACGCCGUCAAUCUUUGUCGUGGGGAAACCUCCACGUGCUGUUGUUAGUUUUUUUUUUUGAAAAAGAAAUAAUCAUAAUCAUAAACAAAAAGAGUUUCCCUUAAAAAAAAUCUCCUAAAAAACAAACCAAAAAAUAAAACUGAAGCCGUUUGCAGGUCACAGUUCCUGGGCAAAUUGUUCUUGGAGGACUUUUUCCUAUCCACGAAGCCGGCCGAAAUGCUACACAUCAAUGCGGAAAAAUCAAAGUUCACAUUUUAAUCUUCAGCAUAGUUUUCAUAUGCAACCGGCAUCUAGAGCUGACCAAAGUUCUUACGAAGAAUUACUUGUUUUAAUGAAAUAAUAGUUACAAUUAGUUCAGUUUUGGCCUUUUUGGCCCUCUAAUUUGGCCUUAAGGAAAUUUGUUUUAUUCUGCACAAGCGAAUCGAGAAGGUACCAUAAUGUGUCCACAAAGGUAGCUUGAAAUAAUCAUAAGCAACUGAGUUUCGCUUUGUUCUCAUUUUUUUUUCUCAAUCUGAUUUUUGAUUUUCUAAAGAAGAGGAAAAUGCAAAGAAAUCGGUUGAAGGCCGACCAAGGGGUUCAACGAAUGGUGGCCAUGCUAUUCGCUUUGGAGAACAUCAAUCGAGAGCGGAAGAUUUUACCACAAGCAAGCCUUGGAGCUCAGAUUCUUGACACCUGGUGCGUUAUUAUUUUUUUUCAAUACGCGUAUAUCCCUCAUUUCACGAAGACGAGUCUCGAAAAAUGAGAGUAAAAAGUUCUCUUCUUUUCAUUCGCUCCAUCCCUUCAACCUAGUGCAUGAGAAAGUCGGUACAGCUGAACUAAAUUGAAAUAAAAAAAAAGAAAAGAAAACGUAGGAGCAAUAAUUAUACAUGCAAAUAUUUUUCGAUUAUUGUUUCAUCGAAAAAUUUCUAGAAAUUCUGCAUGUAAAAAUGAAAAAAAAACAGAUCAAGCGCGCUCAGAAGAUUUCUAAUGAAAAUUUUUGCGCGUUUCUGUGUGCGGUUACGUCAGUGUGUAACUUGUCGAAAUAAAAAAACCGUGUUCGAAAUAGUCGAUAUUCGAACAAGGUUUUCUUACUGAUUCAGUUUUCAAAUUUGAAGUUAAUCAUAUCUGUCCUACUUUUCAAGAAAAAAUUUCAGUUCUGUCGAUAGCUAUGCCUUGGAGCAAUCUCUUGAGUUCAUCAAAUCGGUCAUGUCAAACGGCGACGGAGUCCAGUGCUCGGUACUCUGAGUUGAUUUUUUUUUUAAUGCUUUCAUAUCUCUGAAAACUUUUUUCUUGCUUCGAUGGGCUCUUAAAUAAUUACAAAAUUACCAAAUUGGAGGAAAAAGUUGCAGGAUGGCUCGACAGCCACUUAUAACAGGCAGCCGGUAGUAGCAGUCGUCGGCGCUGCGGGCAGCCAAGUGAGAAUUCAUUUUUUUAAAUUAAUUUUUUUAUUUUAUUUAUAUCAUUUCAGUUUUUUUCAGGUUAGCGUGAUGGUCGCCUCCAUGUUACAGCUUUUCAAGGUCAGAAGUACUCUUUAAAAAACAAAACUAGUUUUUUUUUUCUGCAAGAUUGCACAUUGAAAUCGGUCAGACACGAAGUUGGAGGCUAAAAAGAGAGCGAAACCAACUGGAAAAUAACAACUUUGACUUGUUCGAAUAGACUCUGCUGAGAACUUGCUCUCAGAGUUUGAUCUAUGGGAGUCUGAGCAAAUUCAAAAAAGUUACAAGAAGAAAAAAUCAAACUUUGGAAAACAAUAAAAAGCGAAGAACGCUGUUAAAACUCAACUAUAUCGUCCUCAACAUAAUUCCGCGAAAUUCAAAAUAACCGUCCGAAAGCGAAAAACGACUGAAAUUAAGAAAGUUAGUUUUGAAAUUCGCGAGAUUAUUUCAACACCGCACUAUGGUUUUUAGAUUUAUUCUUCUCUUACUUCUCAGACUCUUCUCCUAAUUUCAGAGUGUUUUUUUCAUUUUCAAAUUUUUUUAUCAGUAUUCAAUUGUUUCAUGAAUUGUGGAAUAGCACCUUUUCCAGGCAUCACACAGAGAGGUUUUUUUGAACCUGUGAACGGAAGAAUUCAGUCUUUUUUAAAAUUUUCCUUAUCAGAUACCACAAGUGAGCUACUCUUCGACUGGUGCUGAACUCAGCGAAAAACCACGAUUCGCCUUUUUCUCUCGAGUUGUGCCGCCGGACAACCUUCAGGCGCAAGUCAUGGCCCGAGUUGUGAGGAAAAUUUCAAAUUCCGUUCUGAAUGUACAACAUUUUGAGAUACAAGCUCUGGAAUGGACGUAUGUGCACGCUAUUGCCGACACCGGAUCUUAUGGUAACAUAAUAAUUGAUUUGAAAAAUCUUUGGUCGAUCAAAAAUAAAAUUUUAACAUACUUUUCAUGGAAUUUCAAUUUGAUUUGUGUAGAAAAAUGACAAAAUUGCAGGAGAACGAGGAAUGGACUCAUUCCGGGCUGCGGCUGCGGAGAACGGCAUUUGCAUAGACGGCGACGUCCAGAAGAUCAGCCGUCGCUGGACGGAGAAGAACUUCCGGUUCGGACUUCUGUUCAGACGACUUCUAGACUCUUCUCAGGGACCUGCUCCUGCGGAUGCACCGGACGCGGAAAGCGCGAGGAGUCGUCAUGUUUGUCGACGAAGACAAUCUGAAGCGACUGCUCCACACGCUAGACCUUUUGGUUUUCGAAGGACAUACGGAACUCGACCGCCACUUCUGGUAGGUCGACAUGUCGACAGGAGUCCUUCUGAAAGUACACGACAAGAGCGCGUUUUGCCAUUCUGACUUGGAAUUUCAUCAUUAAAGAAAAUUCAAAUCAAAAUGAAGAAGAGCUAUUUGAAAAAAAAACCGCUCUCUUGUCGUAGCACCAAAAAUAUGCUUUACAAUAAAAGAAAGGAGAAAUCUUCUGCACACAUUUUUGGUAUGAAGCCUUCUUUCGAAUAUUAUCUCGAUCCAGCAGUCGAAAUAACUCUUUGCACGAGUUUUGGUUUUAACUAAUCAGAAUUUCCCCUUUUUACACAUUGAUUUUUUUUUCGAUUCUGUAGCAGUAAAUAAUCUGCCUGCAAAAACUAUUUCGAUAUAGUCAAGAAAAUUGCCUACUAUGAAGCUUCCGUCUAUUUUCAAGCUGUUUUCCUUUCAUGAUCAUAUUUUAAAGAAAAGUGUCGACAUCUUCAGUUUGAAAUUCGAGGUGCUUUGAUUUUUUUCAUUUGUAAGAGAAAAAAAUUAUUUUUUUUUAAAUAUAUUUAUAUUACUGUAGUUCUCUAGAACUUUGAAGCUGUUUAAAGAUUUUUUUGUUCAAAAAGUUCUUUACGUUGGAAAUGUUCCAGGGGAUUAAGCAAAUACCAAUUUUUUUGUUUAAAAACGAAAGAAAGAUUUUCUAGCUUUGUAUGUUGGAGAUGUAUUUUCUUUCGUGUAAUAGUUAACGAGCAAUUCAACCACCAUAUCAAAUUCUGCGAAUUCAGGUUCGUCGCCAGCGACUCCUGGGGCAUAAAACAGUCGGUUGUCCGCGGGCUGGAGCACAGAACCUACGGCGCAAUAACCAUCGCUCCCAUGGUUCGAAUGGCAUGUCUUAAAUCUUGAGUCCUCUUUUUCAGAUGCGAGAAGAAAAGGGCUACCUUGAGUUCUUUCGGAAGCUUUCGCCCAAAGGUUUCGUGUUUUUGGAAGAAUUUUGGACGCAUCUUGGCUGCUCCAAAGUUGAAGACAUCGAGACUUUCGGCGAAUGUUUCGAUCGGAAUUCCAUAUCUAUCAAACAGGUCAAAAAUAUACGUUGUAUAACUCAUUUUCCUUCCAGGAGUCCUACGUUCCGUUCGUCGUCGAUACGGUGAAAGUGGUCGCCAACGCGAUCAGCAAGUACAUUGAGGAGGAUUGCGGCAGGAUUCCUUUUCACAAAUGUCAUUUGUCAACGUCGGGAUUUCGAGGAGAGCGUCUCCAGAAGUACUAUCGCAAUGUUUCUCUGUCUAGUGAGUCAUUUUUCAUAAGGGAGAUUAAUAUUUAGUUACAUGUAUUUUUUUUUUCAAAAGAAAACUCUGUGAAGGAAGCUCAAAUUUUUGUACGUUUUUUCAAGCUUCAACAACUUUAAUGUUCAUAUAAAAAACGAAAAUCUUCGAUUCAGAGAACGAACCUCCUCUCAUCGACGCCAACGGCGACGGAAUCGGUCGUUAUGACGUUUUCCAGUUGGAUAAUCAAGGAGCCUACCAAAAGGUUUUUUUAAAUGCAGUUGGGAAAAAAAAACCCUUUUUUUAAAGUUAAUGAGAAUAAUUGAGAAAAAAUGUGUUCUAGGUUGGCAAAUGGCGUUCCACGGAUGAUUUUCUGGCUGUCGAAGUUGAGAAAAUCAGAAGAGCCUUCAAACUGGCUCCCAAUGAGAAACCGGUCUCUGUUUGUUCCACCGACUGUCCAAGGGGUCACUAUAGGUUGGAAGGAAAACUGUCUUCUGUCCUAAUUUUUGGACUUUUCAGAGCCUACCAAGACCAGACCUGCUGCUGGGCCUGCAUCCCUUGCGACACCUCGACGAGCAUUCACAACGAAACGAGGUCUGUUCUUUCACAUUCAACUGAACUAGACCAUGGAAAAAGUUUUUAAAAAAGUUGUAUUCAGGAAUCUGAAUCUUUUUGAAUGAUCUCGAGGAAAAGACAACAAACGUAAAAAAAUUUUCAUUGGAAACAUUUUUUUACAAAUAGAGAAGAAAAAAAAGUCGUAAAAUUUUUGUUACAGACAUUUUUCAAUAGAACUGCAUCAAACUUUUCCUCGCUUUAAAGCUUUUCUGACAGAAAAAAUUUUCAGUCACAUUUCCCUAGUUUUUACUAUACUAUUUAAUAUCAUAUCAAGAAAGAAAAUGGUUCAGCUGUGAAGAGUGUCCAAUCGGCCAGGUUCCGGAUCGGACCCUUCACUACUGCGUGGAGAUCCCACCGGUCUCGAUGCGCUGGGACACGACGUGGUCGCUGGUUCCGGCUAUCUUCGCCAUGCUCGGCAUCGCUGCAACUCUCUUCGUCUUGUCCGUCUUCCUGAAGUACUCCAACACCCCGGUGGUGAGUCCGAACUUAACGACGGCUCUGAAUAUUAUUUGCAGAUCAUGGCGUCCGGCCGAGAAUUGUGCUAUUGUAUGAUGUCAGGCAUUGGAAUGUGCUACGUUCUCACCUUCUUCCUCGUCUCCCAGCCGACAGCUUCGACCUGUGCUUCUACUCGAGUACUUUCCGUGGUGGAUCUAGAAUGAGAGACGUUUCUUUCAGGUCUUGAUGGGACUGUCGAUGUCGGCCAUUUACGCUGCCAUCAUCACUAAGACCAACAGACUAGCCAGAGUUUUUAGUCCUGAUUCGGCACAAAGACCUCGCUUCAUUACGCCUAAAGCACAGGUUCGCUGCUUUUCUGUGCCAAAAAGAAGCCACCGAUGAACUUUUGAUGAAGAAUUUCAUAACAUACGUUUUUUCUUAUUGUGGCUUCACGCACGAAUCAUGCAGGUGUUUCGAGAUAGUUCCGAUAAUCUAUUAAAAGAACCUAAGGAUGGUACCACGGCUAUUCCUUGAAAAAUUAUAGAAAAAUGCGAUAAACUUGCGGUGUACCACUCGGCAAUACCGGUAGAGCUCCGAUAGUGCUCAAGUAUAUACCGAAGGGAUUAUAUAUUUUAUUUUCUCAGUCAUUUUAUUUUCUUCUCAAGUCGAAUCAGUUAUAAAAAAAUGCGGGUUAUCCAAAAAGUGCGUUUCGUCGAAAGCCGAAGGCUUUGAAAAACUAUUAAUUUAAAUUAACUUUUCCGAGAUUUUUAACCAUGAUUUAAUAAGUUUUGCAAGAUUUGGUUAAGGUCGGCAUCUGCAUGGCGAUCGUGUCGGUGCAGCUCAUCGGAACUGGAGUCUGGCUUCUUCUGGAUCCUCCCGGCACGAUGGUCGUGUUCCCGUCGCGAACCGAAGCGGUUCUCACCUGCAAGGUAGUGAAGGCCCUCAGCCAGGCCAAUUGUUUCUCUGCAGGCAACGGCGUCGCAUCUCCUCGUCUCCCUGCUCUACAACCUGCUUCUCAUCGUCGCUUGCACAGUUUACGCCUUCAAAACGCGCAAAAUCCCCGAAAACUUCAACGAGACGCGCCACAUCGGCUUCACCAUGUACAGCACGUGUAUUCUCUGGCUUGCCUUCGGCCCCAUCUACUUUGCCACACAAAACAACUUUCGGGUACGGAUUCUUUGGACAUUUUUUUCGGCGUUUGCCGUCGAUAUUUCUACGAUUUCAAAGUUUUUUUUUUACAACGAAAUGCGGUUUUAAAAAGUGUUCUAUGCUUUUUUUAGAAGAUUUUGAAAUCGUCAUCUUACUCAAGCCCUAUAUUUGACGAGACUUACGCCUCAAAAAUGGUUUUUUUUGUUCUCUUUAAAAAAAGUUGUUUGAAUUGUUCUCACGCCUGUUUAAGGCGGUCGGCCGUAUUACGGUAGUCAGGAUAGGUUUUUUUGGGAAUGAAAUGAAAAAAAUUGUGUACUUUUUUUGACGUACCUUAUCUUGUAACCUUGAGAAAUAUAUCCUCAACAAGUUGCAAAAAAAGAUUUAAAAAAUUUAAAAAAAAUCCGAAACUGACGGCGCAAUAUUGACCGGCCUCCGUAGCACCCUUAAACAUGCGUGUUCUGAAAGAAAUUUCUCGUGAGUGGAAUGACUUAAUUUGUAAGGUUUCGAGAAAAACUCGCAUUUUUAAAGUAAUAGUAACCAUUGAAAAAAAAAACUUUUCAGAUACAAAUCACUUCCCUCUGUAUGUGCAUAUCACUCUCGGGUACCGUAGCGCUCAUUUGCUUCUUUGCUCCGAAGGUUCCCAUUUUUCCCCGGAAAACUGAAAGAAAAGUCGCUUUCAGGUGUACAUAGUAUUGUUCCAGCCAUACAAGAAUGUAAGAACGCGCCAGUCUGCUGUCGGUCGCCUCGUCAACCAACAAAUGCGAUUCAUGAGGUCUUUCUCCUUGAAUUAUAUUGAUCCUAGGCCGCGUCCUUACAGAUUUUUUCGGAUAUUUGCGCAAAUGAAAGGUCUCGAGUUUCUUUUUAUGAAAUAGCCCUUGGACCUUUAGCUUUCCAAGUUUAUUUAAAAACUUGAAUAGUUUAGUCUAAUCAGCCGAGGCGAUUUUCUCACAAAACGCUCAUUUUUUUGAUAAAACGGAUAUUUAAUAAUUUUGCACGACGAAAAUACCUCGUUUACUUCUUUCCGCAACCUCUGAAAUUAUGUUUGAAGCUUUCCUUGUUUAAAAACGCCAGUUUUUGGCUCAGCACGACUUUGCACGUUUUUGUAGCCAAUUCACGUACAACCCGGACGGAUGCAACUCUUACCAACCCAUUUCCUCCAAUCAAUCCUACAAACCCAGUUGUAAGUUUGCAUUUUUUUUUUAUUUGCUAUUAGCAUUUAAUUUUAUUUGGCAUGUUGGUUCAUUAACGAAAACCUUUAGCCAGACUCAAGCUUUUACCCAUAAUAAAUGCAAGCCUGAUUGAGCAUAACUUGUAAAUCUAACCUUCAAUAAGCACAGUUGAUGAACUUUAUACUUUUAUUUUGGAGAGAUGUCCUCAUUAGAACGAGCCAUUCUUAGGGCUAUAAUAAGCAAUAACAUCAUAGUUGAUUGCGAGGUUUACAAGUUUCCAGGUCUUAAUUCCGAAAAUCUUUAUCUUUUUUUUUAUUUAGCGGAAUGAAAAAUAGAAAACUGAAAGCUCGCCGUGUCACCUAACUACGAGAGGUGAAAAAAAUAAUCACGAAAUAAUUAAGAGAAGAAACGAGUUAAAUCAUGCGCUUUAGCUGUGCAUGUUUGAAUGAAUCUUUCAAAAGGGACAACUAAAGGGUCGGUUCUCAGUUUCAGCCGAGGAGAACUCGCACACGAGCAGUGCAGCAGUCUCGGCGCCUCCGAGCAGGGCAAUACCUCCGGCCAUCAUUGAGCAACUCGCCUCCACACUACCUGAGCCUCUCGGUCAGUUCAUCCACAAUUCAGAUUUUGAUUAUUCGUUUUGUACGCUACUGAAAAAGUUGUUUCUUCUUUUUUUAGUUUUUUGUUAAAACCCAGAAAAAAGAUUGAUCAUGAAGCUUUUGAAACUCAUAAAGCUAGUUCUUAGAUUAUCGGGACUUUUCUCAAAUUUCUUUCAAGAUCUGUCGAAGAAUGAACCUAGGACGAUCAUAGCAAUGAAUAUUCAAGGUUUAUAAAACAACUUUUUUUUUAGUGAAAAAACAUUCGCUGCAAGACCGGUCGCUGACCAACGGAAUAGCCGUUGAAGAAAUCAGACGUCGAAGACCGAGCAGCGUUCACGUCAUGUCGGAGAAAGCCGCCCAUGUGACGUCACGAGAGCCGACCGAAGACGUGCAGCAGGUGGAUCUGAUUCUGGAGGAAAUCGCCUCCGACAUGCACUCGACUUUCCUUUGA